AUGCAAUGUAAUUCUCCCAGAAAGAAGCAACAAGGAAAUCCCCAUGCAAGAGCUGUCCACUUUCCAAUACUCGUUCAAGAGGAAAAGCUAAAAGGACAAGUAUUUUCCACAAAAAAGUGGAACACAGACUAUGGGAAAUUUCCAGGAAGCAAGAUUUCUGAGGUUGUCGGGGAAGGGGCAUCAGCUAAGGUUUAUACAGGGUCUCUGCCCUCUGGUGGAGAAGUGGCAGUGAAAAGGUUUGAGAGGGCUGAUGGGAUCGCUAGUCUGCGUAAUCCUUUUACCACAGAGUUUGCAACUAUGGUGGGUUCUUUGUGGCACAAGAAUCUGAUUCAGCUUCAUGGGUGGUGCUGUGAGGGUAAUAACUUAGUCCUGGUGUACAAGUACAUGCCCAACGGAAGCCUCAACAAGGUUCUCCACAAAAGCUUCAAUUCAGCAAUUGUUCCAUCUUGGAAGCACAAUUGA